AUGGCGAAACUAGGAAAUGAAAAGAUCGCUUGGAUAGUGAGUGUGGUGUUCUGCUUCUUCUUGUCUUUGGUGCUUGCCAUGGCUGCCAUUGGCGAUGGUGGAUCUGGUAAGGAACAUGAGGUUGAGAAGCUUUUGAAGAAGUUGAAUAAACCAGCUGUUAAGUCUAUUAAGAGCCCUGAUGGUGACAUAAUCGACUACGUGCAUAUUUUAAAUCAACCAGCUUUUGAUCAUCCAAAACUGAAAAAUCACAAAAUUCAGAUGAGGCCAACAUUUCAUCCAAAAGCAACCAAUUUUUCAAAAUCAAACCCUAUUGCUCAAAUGUGGUACCAAAGUGGAAAUUGUCCAAAAGGAACCGUUCGUCUAAGAAGAACAACAGAAGAUGACGUAAUGAGGGCAGAUUCUAUCAAACAAUAUAGUAAAAGAAGAUCAUUAUACUCCACGGAAGGCCACGAGUAUGCUGUAGCUGAUUUGAGGGGAGAUAGGUAUUAUGGAGGCCAUGCAUCUAUAAACAUUUGGAAGUCCCUUGUUCAAGAAUCCAAUGAAUUUAGUCUCUCUCAAAUUUGGAUUGUGAAUGAUGAUGAUCCGAUUAAUGUUGAGACCAUCGAAGCUGGUUGGCAGAAUGACUCAUAUCAGACUCAAUGUUAUAACCUCAAUUGCCAGCCUGGCUUUGUUCUAGUUGAUAAAAAAGUAGCGGUGACAAGCAGCCUAGAACUAUCUGUCUAUGAUGGUUCUCAAAAUGAAUUAUCCAUCUUAAUCUGGAAGGAUCCCGAAACUGGAAACUGGUGGAUGCAAGUUGGGGAUACAUCUACAGGAUAUUGGCCAGCUUCUUUAGUCAAUCGCAUGUCUGAGAGUGCAUCAAAUGUAAAGUGGGGCGGUGAAAUAAUAAACCUGAGAUCUGAUGGGCAACAUACCACAACAGGCAUGGGAAGUGGCUAUUUUCCUGAAGAAGGUUAUGGGAAGGCUAGCUUUUUCAAGGAGCUUUCUAUUGUUGAUGCAAAUAAUAAUCUUGUCUCUCCUACAAACCCUAACAUUUCUGUUACCAAUCCCAAUUGCUACAAUAUUACUUUUUAUGGCUAUUCUCAUGAUUGGGGUGUCUACUUCUACUAUGGCGGUCCUGGGAGAAACCAAAACUGUCCUUAG